AUGUUUGCCGAUGACAUAAAGAUCUGGAGUACCAUACGAAGCGAAGUUGACGAGGCGCGACUGCAGACAAACCUGGACCACCUCGAGCAAUGGUCGAAAGACUGGCUUCAACCGUUCAACGUAAACAAGUGCAAUUUCCUGCGCGUCGGCAGAACCAGUUCUCCUAACCACACAGUCUACCGUCUGACUGACAAAGCACUGCAAGAAGUCGACGCGCAGAAGGACCUGGGUGUAUGGAUCACAACCUCGCUGAAGCCUUGGCUGCAAUGUUCAAAGGUGGCCAAGUCGGCGAUGUCCAUUCUAUACCUCGUCAAACGGGCGUUCUCCUCCUUUGAUGAAGACUGCUUCGCCAAGGUCUUUCAAACCUUCGUGCGACCGCAUAUGGAGUUUGCUAUCCAAGCAUGGACACCCUGGACCGCUAAAGAUUUUGGCAUACUUGAAAAAGUUCAACGGCGAGCAACGAAACUUGUAUCUGGGCAGUGGUCACUACCCUACGAAACACGAUUAGCUAAUCUUGCCCUCUUUCCUUUGAGUUACAGACAGCUACGUAGGGACCUGAUACAAGCAUUCCGCAUCGUGCGCAAUCAGGGCUGCUGCCUCGCAUCAGGAGACUUCUUCGAGUUGGCGACUCCGACAAACUUGAGAGGCCAUUCACUCAAACUGCGUGUGACUGGUGCCCGGCUAGACACAAGAAAGUUCUUCUUCUCCGACAGAGUGGCUGCAGCUUGGAAUGCCUUGCCUGAGGAUGUUGUUAUGUCGGCAUCCGUCGAUACGUUUAAACGGAGGCUAGAUCACCAUUGGAGCGCGAACCACAAUAACGGCGGUCUGCAGCCACCUUGA